UCCUGGGCUUCCUUCUGCUCCAAGGCGUGCCUCAGAGAUAUUGCAGGUGCGGUUCCAGGUCCCUGCAAUAAAGUCAGGACUGCCAUAAAGUGAGUCACACACAAUUUUUGGUUUCCAGGGCAUAUGAAAGGACACAACUCUCAGCCCACGACAUCCGAGACGGCUAGUCCUCAGGGCGCUGUCAGCAGGCGAAGUCUGAUCACAGAGACAACUUCUCCCCACACAGAACCUCCCAAGAAGGCCUCACGAGAGCCCGUGGUAACAAGUGAACCCACCACGCCUAGGUCAAGCACCAUGGGUGAUCAGUCUUUGUCCUCCCUGGGCCAGCCUCAGUCGCAGCCACAAAAGCUCCACACUUCAGGACUUGACCCAUCCCAAAAUACCCCCCAAACGACUGCCAUGAGCCUGAAGACGGGAGAAUACUUGACCAUCCUGCCUACCCCCACAUCAGAGUCGGUGCUUACUGUGGCUGCAUUCGGUGUUAUCAGCUUCAUUGUCAUCCUGGUGGUGGUGGUGAUUGUCCUAGUCAGUGUGGUCAGUCUAAGAUUUAAGUGUCGGAAAAACAAGGAGUCUGAAGAUCCUCAGAAACCAGGAAGUUCAGGGAUAUCUGAAAGCUGCUCCACAGCCAAAGGUGAGAAAAACAGCAUCACCCUCAUUUCUAUGAAGAACAUCAACAUGAAUAACAGCAAAGGGUGCUCCUCGGCAGAGAAGGUUCUGUAAAGGCGACCUUGGGGCCUCACAGGUCCAAGGAUGAGGCUGCUGCCCUGUGACUGUGAGCAGGAAAUGAUGGGAUUGCUAGUGACAAUGAACUACAUAUAAAUUAUUUGCUUGUUUCACAUCUACUCCCAAACCUAAAUGACACCAGCAUUCCUCCAGAUGUGAGAAUGAGCUACCAGUACCAGUGUCUCUCCCCUAUGAAUAGCCAAUCUAGACACAAAGCCACCUGCUCCUAUCUUCUUCUCAGUCCUGGGAAAGAGGACCAGUAAGGAAAAUGAUGAGGCAGAUUGGUCUUUUCUACUAUGUAUUAAAAUUAUUUCUUGGUCUAUAGCCUAACUUCUUUUAAGGUCUCUGUUCCCAUGCCCAUCUCUUUACCAAGUGUUCUAGCAGCGUUGGGAUCACCUUGCUUAGGCCAGGAAUGUGUAUGCGGGGUUCUACCUUUGUGAGGAGCUCUCUGAGAAAUCUAGAAGCUAAAGAGAAAUAUUUAUCAGGUCUGUCUUGGUUAACCUGGCUUAUUCAGUAGGAUUGAGGUGACUAAGCACCCCCAACAGGGGAGUAAGAAAAAGGACUGUAAAGUAUGACUAAUCAUCACCAGUAAAGGAUCACAUCUGGAGAGAGAGAACAUGGGAAGCACAAAGCAUUCCAUCUAGGAAAUUCCAGUGGUGAGAGUUGAAUAAUAAGAAGGCAACUGUCCUCUGCCUGCCCCAGGGUGGACAUGCAUCAUCCCGGUCCUAGCUGUGGGAAGACGAAUGGGCAAGUUUGGAUGAGGCUAAGUUCAUGGCACUAUAUACAGAAAACCUACCCACUUUACCUCAUGCCACUGUUGUCUUGUGUUCUAGAAAGAGAACCCAAAAACCACGUAAAUCCUGCUGCUCAGGGAGAAAAAGAAAGGCAGUGCUUGUUUCCUUAGUCGCAGGUACCUUCGCCAUGACACCCGUUUGGAUGGGUAGGGUCAAUGGAAGAGUCACCUGGAUCUCUCUGCAGAAAUGGUUGAACUUUUCAAGGAUCACUUAGGCAGCAGUUUGGAAGACAUGGGGAACACCAUUCCUGCUCUCGCAUUCUCAAGGAACAAUACGCUAUUCUCUUCUGGAUUUAGACUUUGCAAAGUGAUGAUAUGAGAAAGCAUAGAAUAAAAAGUUUCACUUGCCCCUCUGUCUCAUUAAAACUCUCCAAGUGAGACUGAAGAAACUGCCUGGAUUAUAAAAUCAACUAAGGCUGGACCUGUAACCUACUCAUGUUUGUAACUCCAGCACACCGUUGGUAAUGAAAAACUGUUCUUGGGGAAAAGAAAGCUGGUGAUGAGGCUGGGCUCCUCCACCGAGUUACAACUUGACUUUGACCAAAUCAUCCUGCUGUCUCUGAGCCGGUUUCCUCACUUUUAAAGUCAGGUGACUGGACUACUUGGCCUUCACUAUCUUUUCUAAUUCUUACGUUCCACAUUUCCAUAGACUCUAAAAGUAGAAAGAAAAAAAAAAGAAGAAGAAGAACACGAUGUGUUGAGUUCAGAAGUCAAUAGGUGGCAAGGCAAAGCCGAGGGUAAUCUUCUGGGAUGCUGAGCAUGUGUUUGCUAUCCCAUAAGAUAAUAGGAAAGACUGCUCCCAAGUAGCUCUGUCUACCUCACAGGCUACUGGGAGGUAAAAUGGAAUAAUAAAUGUGGAAAUACUUGCAAGGUAAAAAUAUUAGCUGGCAAUUGUUGCAGACAGUGUGGAACACCGCCAAGAUCCCACUUCAAAGAUCAAAAUAUUUGUUCCCCGGUGGGUGGCUGGGAGUGUUGGCUGCUGAGGGCUCACAGCUGGUUUAAGACUAGUUGAUUAGGAGGUAGAGCUGGGGAUGAAGCCGUAGACCCCUGGUCUCCCUUUCUCCCUCCACCGGUUCCUGCUCCUCUCACCCCUCACACUGUUGUUCCCAGGAACACUCUCCAAUAAAUCUUUGGCA